AUGAAGGCCACGCCCCAGCAGGAUUCCAUCCACCAUUUCAUCACCGGUGGUCCUGCAGGAAGACAGUGCACCCACAAAGAAGUCAUCUCGAAUGCCCAGGUAGCAGUGCUCGGGGGUUCCGACACGGCAUUAUUCACGAUGAACCAAAGGCUGCGCUUUCUAGCCACAAACCCAGCAGUACAAGCGAAGCUCAGGGCAGAACUAGAUACCAUAUGCAAUGCAGGCGGAGAACUGACUGUCGAAUCAACUCGCAAGCUUCCCUAUCUCAACGGAGUCCUAAACGAGGGUCUCAGACUAGGGAACCCAGCUCCUAUCGGGGUACCCGUAAAGACGCCCCAUGGUGGUCUUCAGCUUGGGGAGACGUAUGUUCCUGGGAACGUCGAGGUAAAGGUACCUUUCCGGGUAACUUUAAAGACUCUCGAUGGUUCCCCAAGGGGGAUCGCAUCAUCCCUGAGCGCUGGACUGGGGAAAUUCCUGAGCUAG